UUCCCUCAAGACGAGAACACCAUCAGCAUCCUCUUACACCAUAUCCACCAAUGUCUUCGUCUAUGCCUUCUCCUCCUCCAACACCUGGCAGAAACGUGGAAGACUCCGACGCCUUACCAGCCGAACGACGUCUAGACGACGAAGCUUCAGUUCGUGAACUAGUCAAUUUGCUUAAAACCAUUGCAUUAUCCGAUGAAUCUGUCACUCCGAGAGAACGGAGGAUCGCAACUCCUCGUGAAAUGGUCAUCAAUUUGCUCGAGCAUCAGAAAUUGGGUGUUGAGUGGAUGCUUCGGAUGGAGACGGAGAGAGAGGGGAGUAGAGGUGGGAUACUUGCUGAUGAUAUGGGAUUGGGAAAGACGAUACAAGCAUUGGCCACCUUUUGUCUGAACAAGCCGGGACCUGGAUCGCGAGUUAAAUCUACGCUAAUUAUCGCGCCGUUAGCUUUGGUCAAUCAAUGGGAAAACGAAAUUCUGACCAAGCUUAUACCAGGAUCCUUUACUGUAUACAAGCAUCAAGGGCCAAAGCGGUUCAGAAAGCUAGAGCAAAUACUUCAAUAUGAUAUUGUAAUUAGCACUUAUGAUCUCCUGACUCGUGAUUUCCCAGAACCAAAAAAGGACAAGACCAGGAAACUCAAUACGCGAGGACGUAGUGCUGCAGAUCGACAGGAUGCCGAAGAUGCAGACUAUGAGAAUCUGGUCGCAGAGCAAUCUACGUUCAAGCAAGAUGAAUAUGGGCCACUACUGAAGGCUGAAUGGUAUCGAGUUGUGCUAGAUGAAGCACAAAAGAUCAAAAACAAGACCACGAAAGGUGCUCGUGCUGCGGCCUUGUUAAAAGCUCGAUAUCGGUGGUGUUUGAGUGGGACGCCGAUUGAGAACAAGAUUGACGAGCUAUACCCACUGCUCAAGUUUCUGGCUAUUGCACCCUAUGACGAUUGGGACAAGUUUCGAGAGGAAAUCCUUAAACCUUUUAGAAAUGGACGACACAAGACUGCUCUGAAACGAGUUAAUGCGAUCUUAAGAGCUGUAUGUCUACGGCGCACCAAAGAGGAUUAUCUUGAUGGCUUUCCCAUAGUUCGACUGCCCCCAAAAGUCGUCAGGAUUGAUACGAAUGAUUUCACACCACCGGAACGUGAAUUCUAUCAGGCGGUGGAGCAAAACAUUCGUCUCCAGUUUAAUAAGUACUUGAAAGACGGCACGGUGAUGAAGAACUACACGAACGUAUUGGUAUUGCUGCUUCGUCUGCGACAAUCAUGUUGCCAUCCUGCUCUUGUCGCGCAGACGUUUGAGCCUGCCGAAUCUCAAAACGUUCCUGUCGCUGGCGGUGGCAGCAGCAACUUGUCAAAUGAGCAACGUUUGGCUCAAAACUUGCAUCUCGACACUUUGAAUCGGCUCAAGAAUGAGGAGCUUGAAGAGUGCCCAAUAUGCAUUGAGGGUCUUGUUACGGAAUCCACCAGCAUCCUCGCAAACUGUGGUCACGCAUUCUGCUCAGAAUGUAUUCGAGAUUUCUUUAAUGUUGGAGAAGGGGAGAAGUGCUGUCCGUCUUGUCGGGGUCCUGCGUCGGAGGAUUGUAUUAUUGGAAUGUCGACUGUAUACCAAAUGCAUCCGUCGUUGAAGAGGACGGUUGAUGUGAAUGACGAGCUACGAGUACUUAAAGAUUUAGCAUCGUCUUUUGUUUCUUCUACGAAAAUUGAUCGAGCUAUUGGGAUUUUGGAGGAGACACGCCGAGCAAGUAAUGGGGAUAAGACAAUCAUAUUCUCUCAAUUCCUUGGAGUUCUCGAUAUCGUAGGCUCUGCUUUGAAGAGGAGGGGCUUCAAAUUCAUCAGAUAUGACGGUGGAAUGAGCGCAACUGACCGCUCCAAAGCAGUCAAUAUUUUUGAAACCGACCAGGAUUGUAAUGUUGCUCUGAUUUCAUUGAAAUGUGGAAGUCUGGGACUCAACUUGACAUGCGCGAAUCAUGUCAUUCUAAUGGAUCUUUGGUGGAAUCCUGCAGUUGAAUCUCAAGCUAGUGACCGAGUCCACAGAUUCGGGCAGCAGAAGCACGUCUUUGUUUACCGUCUUAUGAUCAACAACACGGUUGAAGAGAGGAUUCUUGCCUUGCAAGUGCGCAAGAAGAAGAUCUUUGAUGCAGCCAUGGAUGGCCGUUCAUUGAAGAUGAAGAAGGGAGAAGGUCGGCUAACAUUGGAAGACCUUGUAUUGCUGUUCAAUGGGGAAGAUCAGGAGAAUGAUGGAAGUGACUUGACGUUGUAG